GUUUAACUUAGGACAGCCAAAGAACUUUUGCGGUGAUGGCUCCUCGACCAGGAUUAGGUGGGUCCUCAUCAGAGAACUCUGACAAGAUGUCCAAAGAGACUUCAUUUAAACAAGGAAAAAAUGAAAAUGAGCCAGUGCCCACAAAAGAUUCAGUUAUAGCAUCUGCGAAUUCCACUGUAACCUUGGUAGAGGAUGAACCUGAAAAUGACCCAUGGGCACUCCCAGACAUAGAGGCCACUGGAGUAAAGUGGUCAGAGAUGAGCACGAAGGAGAAGAUUCUAACUAUACUGUUUUCCAUCGGAAAAAUGGUUUUAUUGCUUGGUUUCCUUUACAUGUUUGUCUGUUCACUGGAUGUCCUUAGUUCUGCUUUCCAGCUUGUUGGAGGCAAAGCAGCCGGUGAUAUAUUUAAGGACAAUUCUGUGUUGAGUAACCCAGUAGCUGGAUUGGUGAUUGGAGUACUGGUCACAGUGAUGGUUCAGAGCUCAAGCACUUCAUCCUCCAUUAUAGUGAGCAUGGUAUCAUCUGGAUUGAUGGGUGUGAAAUCAGCCAUUCCUAUAAUAAUGGGUGCCAAUAUUGGAACGUCUGUUACCAAUACAAUAGUUGCAAUGAUGCAGGCUGGUGACCGGAAUGAGUUUCGAAGGGCCUUUGCUGGAGCUACAGUGCAUGAUUUCUUCAACUGGCUCUCUGUGCUUGUUCUGCUACCCCUGGAACUUGCCUCCCAAUAUUUGUACCGACUUACAAAUCUUAUAGUAGAAUCUUUCAACCUUCAAAGUGGGGAAGAUGCUCCUGACUUGCUGAAGGUCAUUACAGACCCUGUAACAAAAGGCAUCAUUCAGCUUGACAAAUCAGUAAUCAAUGACAUAGCUACUGGGGACUCAUCUGCAAAGAACAAAAGUUUGAUUAAGAUCUGGUGUAAAUCAUUCACUAACGUGACUGUGCAGAAUGAAACCGUUCAAGGCCCUGAGAACUGUACUGAAUUCUGUUGGACAGAUGGCAAUGUCACAUUCACUUUGAAAAAUGUGUCUCACAAAAUAGGCAUAGAAAAAUGUAACCACAUUUUUGUCAAUACUUCACUGAAUGAUCUUGCUGUUGGUCUUAUCUUGCUUGCAUUAUCCUUAUUUGUGCUCUGUAGCUGUCUGAUACUUAUUGUCAAGCUUUUGAACUCCAUGCUGAAAGGAAAAGUUGCCUCAGUCAUCAAGAAGAUUAUUAAUACUGAUUUUCCCUUUCCCUUUACAUGGGUAACAGGAUACAUUGCAAUCCUUGUUGGAGCAGGAAUGACUUUUAUAGUUCAAAGUAGUUCUGUCUUUACAUCCGCCAUUACCCCACUUGUUGGUAUUGGUGUCAUAAGUAUUGAAAGAGCAUAUCCACUUACUUUGGGCUCCAAUAUUGGCACAACCACCACUGCAAUUCUGGCAGCAUUAGCAAGUCCAGGAGACACUCUUGCCAAUUCACUACAGAUUGCCCUUUGCCACUUCUUCUUUAACAUAUCAGGGAUCCUCCUGUGGUAUCCUGUCCCCUUCACUCGCAUACCUAUACGCCUUGCAAAGGGUCUAGGAGAUCGGACUGCUAAGUACAGGUGGUUUGCUGUGGUGUAUCUGAUCCUUUGUUUCUUUAUUUUGCCUUUAACUGUGUUUGGACUUUCAGUUGCAGGCUGGCAAGUAUUAGCAGGAGUUGGAGUACCUAUUUUAGUAUUAGCCAUUGUUGUAAUUAUCAUUAAUGUUAUGCAGUCCAAGUGCCCACGGUUCUUACCAGGUGUGCUGAAAACUUGGGAUUUCUUACCAGUAUGGAUGCACUCUUUAAAACCCUGGGACAAGAUUAUCACCUCAAUGACAAACUUCUGCAGACAUCGGUGUUGCUGUUGCUGUAAAUGUUGUCAAAAUACAAAUGAUAAAGACAGUGAGCUCUCUAAAAAUCAAGUAAUCUCUCCAGAGGUGUAUGAGAAUCCCAUAGCGCUUGAGGAUGAACAAGAGAACUAUAAGAAAAAUGAAGAACCAAACGGGCAGAUCAAAAUAAGUACAACAAAUUUGUGA